UUUUUUUACUCUUUUGCUCAUAGCGCGAUAUCAGUUGAUUGAAAAUCACAUGUAAUUCUUGUUGUUGUAUUAUUUGUUUGUUUAUCUUGUUUAUCGCUAUUAAAGCAACUGGUUCACCAUGAAAUUGGAAAUUGAUGGACUGGAAGUGCUUUUUCCUUAUGACUAUAUCUAUCCGGAACAGUAUACCUACAUGUGUGAAUUGAAAAAAGCUAUUGACAGUAAAGGACAUGGAUUGCUUGAAAUGCCUUCAGGAACCGGCAAAACCGCAUCUUUAUUGUCAUUGAUUAUCGCUUACCAAAGAGCCCAUCCAUAUCAUGUCAAUAAGCUCAUCUACUGUUCGCGUACGGUUCCCGAAAUUGAAAAGUGUGUCGCAGAAUUGAAGCGAUUGCGAAAAUAUUAUGAAAAAUAUGGUAAAGCAAAUGAUUUAUUCGUUGGUUUAUGUUUAACCAGUCGGAAAAAUUUAUGUAUUCACCCAACGGUUAGUAAAGAACGUGAUGGUAAAGUUGUAGAUGGUAAAUGUUAUGCUUUAACUGCAAGUCAUAAACGUGAGAUGGCCAAAAGUGAUCCAGAAGUUGAAGCAUGUAAUUUUUUUGAAAAAUUUGACACAAUCGGAAGAGAAGCUCCUUUACCCUCUGGUGUUUACUCCAUUGAUGAUCUUAAGGAAUUUGGUAAAGAUAAAGGAUAUUGUCCGUAUUUUAUGGCACGUUAUGCGAUGUCUUAUGCAAAUGUUAUUGUUUACAGCUACUACUAUCUUUUAGACCCAAAGAUUGCUGACUUAGUCUCUAAAGAAAUGUCUCGCAACUCAAUUGUAGUUUUUGACGAAGCUCACAAUAUAGAUAACGUCUGUAUUGAAUCAAUGUCGGUGACCAUUACCAAGCGAACUAUAGACCGGGGACAAGCUAAUAUAAAUGCACUCGCUUCAACAAUUCAAGGUAUCCGGGAAGCUGACGAAGAAAGAUUAAAAAACGAAUACAAUCGAUUAGUCCAAGGGCUGAGAGAAGCGAACAUUGCCCGUGAAAAUGAGCAAAUUUUAGCCAAUCCCACUCUUCCUGAUGAUAUAUUACAAGAAGCCAUUCCGGGAAACAUCCGUACAGCAGAACAUUUUGUCAACUUUCUCAAAAGACUUUUGGAAUAUAUUAAGACAAGAUUAAGGACUCAGCAUGUGAUACAAGAAAGUCCAGCUGGAUUCUUACGAGACAUUUCUCAAAAAGUUUUCAUUGAGAGAAAACCUUUAAAAUUUUGUAGCGAAAGAUUAAGAUCGCUCAUAAAAACUCUGGAAAUCACUGAGAUAACUGACUUUUCACCUCUAGUUACUAUCUGUAAUUUUGCAACUUUGAUAGCAACUUAUACAAAAGGAUUCAGUUUGAUCAUCGAACCAUUUGAUGAUCGUACACCAACCAUUUCUAAUCCAAUUUUACAUUUUAGCUGCAUGGAUGCAUCUCUUGCUAUUAAACCUGUUUUUAAUCGUUUCCAAACAGUCAUCAUUACUUCUGGUACUCUUUCGCCAUUGGACAUGUAUCCGAAAAUAUUAGACUUCCGUCCAGUAAUUACAACCUCUUUAACAAUGACGCUAGCUCGACAAUGCAUUUUUCCUAUGAUUGUAGCCAAAGGAAAUGACCAAGUCUCAAUGUCUUCUAAAUUUGAAUCUCGUAAUGAUAUUGCUGUGAUUCGUAAUUUUGGUAUUCUUCUUGUUGAAAUGGCUGGUGUUGUACCCGAUGGAUUAGUGGCCUUUUUCCCCAGUUAUGCUUACUUGGAAACUGUGGUUGCAUCAUGGUAUGAGCAAGGUAUUAUUGACUCAUUGUUGAGAAAGAAAUUGCUCUUUAUCGAAACAACCGAUGCCGCUGAAACUAGUCUUGCUCUCUACAACUAUGUGAAAGCUUGUGAAAAUGGACGUGGAGCCGUUUUACUUUCUGUUGCUCGUGGUAAAGUUUCUGAAGGUGUUGAUUUCGAUCAUCAUUUAGGACGAUGUGUCAUUAUGUUUGGAAUCCCUUACGUGUAUACUCAAUCCAGAAUAUUGAAAGCUCGUCUUGAAUAUCUACGAGAUAACUAUCAAAUUCGAGAGAAUGAUUUCCUAACUUUUGAUGCCAUGAGACAUGCUGCUCAAUGUGUUGGUCGUGCUCUGCGUGGUAAAACAGAUUAUGGUAUUAUGUGCUUUGCAGAUAAGAGAUUUGCAAGAUACGAUAAAAGAGGAAAGUUACCAAAAUGGAUCCAAGAACAUCUGAAAGAUUCUUUGUGUAAUUUAAGUAUUGAAGAAGGAGUUCAACUUGCAAAAAGGUUUCUACGUCAAAUGGCCCAACCAUUUACUCGUGAGGAUCAACUUGGAAUUUCACUUUUAACUUACGAACAACUUCAAGAUGAAGAAAUCAGGAAAAACGUAAUAGAUAAAGUUGCGUCUUAAAUGUUAAUACCAGAUUAUUGAUCAGAUACCAAAUUCGCCUUCUGUUACUUCACUAUUUUUACUAUUUUCAUCUUUGCAAGUGAGAAAUAAUGAGGAUAUUGAGAGAAGAAUCACAGAAUGUACAAUGAUAAUAUACUUCUUCUCUUUCGUUUAUUACGCUCAAAUAUUGGUUGUUUACUUUUGUUUUUCAUGUUGUAGCUACUCUGACUGUAUUAUUUAUUAUUUUUUUUACGAACUCAUUCUAAUAUAUAAUAUCUCUGUAUUUUGAAUUCAUUUUGUAAAAUUGAAAACUUUCGUUUUAUAUCAUUUUAUACAAAUUAUAAUGCACAGUCACAUUGAAAAGAGUGCAGCGUAUUAGUCAUGUACAGGGGGUUUUAUCUUUUAAGCCUAUUUUUUAUCAUAACUCAAAAAUGUAAAACAGACUCAGACUCCGCUUCCAGCCUCGAAUAGUAAAAAUAUUUGAAAUAA